AUGUCGAGCCUCGCGAAAGCAUGGGCGAAAUGGAAGACAUUGAUACAAGCAAAAGUCACCUCCAACCGAAACGAACUUCCCCCCGCAGUGUCAGUGCCUCGGCGUACACUCGGAUCAGAAUGGAGAGACUUCAUGAUCACCUUUAGCGCCUCGCGUAACCCCCAUGCUCCGCCGCCAAAGCCUCCACUUUCGGAUAUACAUCUACCCAUAGAGGUAUGGGAAGAAGUUAUAGCGUAUGUCAUCAAGCUCAGAGACUUGGCCGCGCUGGCAAGGACCUGCAAACUUCUUCACUAUCUUUCGGAGCUGCGUCUCUACCGGCAUCUGGAGGUUGAAACGACCACGACCAACUGGUUCUACCCACCAAAGUUAUUUGGUCUAUACCACACUCUACAAUCUAACGCCCGCAUUGGCCAACUAGUAACGCAAUGCUAUAUCGUCCACAAGAGCGAGCGUCUUUGCCCUACAUCCCGGCGUCAUCUCGGAGAGACGGCUCCAUGUAGCUGUACCUCACUCGAUUCACAACUUGGCGCAGCACUCCUGGCCCUUCCUUUGCUCAAGGUCCUGCGCAUAGACUGCAGACUAUGCACGACAAUGGGCAGUGAAAGACAUCAGUAUCUGUCUAGGCUACCCACCCGUACCCUACUGGAGCUAGAGCUUCAGUGUCAAUGUAGUAUUGUCCGCUCCCAGCUACAGGCCAGCAUCCUCUCCUCUCCAGCCGUCGCAACUGUCAUCGCCUUUCGUAUAUCAACUAUGCCAGAAUUCGAUCUCGACCCGAUGGACAGGUCAAAGGUUCCUCUCCCAGCACUCUCAACGCUCAAGGUAGUCAACCAUGAUGAAAGCCAGCUCAUGGAGGCGAUUAUAUCACAAACACCAGUUAGCGCCGUCCUAUGUACCAAUAUUAGAGGUGGUCUAGUGUUGAAAACGGACGAAAGCCGACUAGCUCCCGCCCUCUUGCGAUCACCGGGCACACUUGAAACACUAUUUAUGGGGAAUGUGGGACCAUGGCUAAUGCAUCAAUUAGCUCGCAACCCGAGUCCAUACUCGGCAUUGCGUUCACUGGGUAGCAUAAAUUUGAGGAACAUCGCGUCAGUCGCCAACGAUGAAAUCGGACAGAUAGUGGCGAUCAUAGCCGCUCUACCAAGGCUGGAAAGUCUGGAGGUAUCCUACUCAAACUAUAGCAGAUAUAACGCUCGGUAUAUUGACGAAGAUUUCCUUCAUUUCUUAACCACGCAACAAAGUCAACUUCGGCGCAUCUAUAUUGUCUGGCGCGACUUUGAGAGCGACGACAGGGCAAUUCCGUCGUUUCAACUGAAUAUGGAUUCGAGAGGCCAGAACAUUUAUCUCGGUUGCUCAAAUGGUUCGUUGCAGCGGUAUGUCCUCGAGGAAAGUGCAGAUGGAACAUUUCAAUACUCCCUCGCAUCAGAGUUUAUGCUCUCAACGAGGGCAUCGAUUGACUCCAUCCAGCUGGCACCGACAUUAUCGAAAGCAAUCGUUCUAUCCAAGGACCAGAUCUUCUUCCUAUCACUGCCGACUCUGGAGCUCAUUCCACCAGAGGUGAUGCGGACCAUCCCACAGGCAUUAGGCUUCGCGAUCAACGAGACCCCCGCUGCUCAGGAACCCGUUCGCCUAAUAGUUCUUAAAAGAGCCUCUAUUGGGUUUUACGACCUUGGAAACAAGACGCGCUUUCUCAAAGAAGUCCGAAUUUCUUCACUAGCGGCGCGACAAGCCGGAAGUAGUCUGUGUUUUGCCGAUACGGAGAACUACAAUAUUCUCAAUAUAGCGACAUCCAGCAACCUCGCUGUUCAUCCAAUUUCGAUAGUGGAGACGUGGAAAAUCCUUCCCAUUGUGGAGGUUUCCAAGGAGAACGAGUACCUUAUCGUCGCUUGCACGGGAACCUCUGACGACCAUGCGAAAGUCUACUGUAUGGCGCUGUUCAUUAGCGGUACGGGCGAGCCAACCAGGAAUCCAAUGGAACUAGAACAACCGGACGCCAUCUGCGUCGAUAAGGAGCUUGUUAUCUCCCUCCAUACAGUGCACUCCUCCACCAAGGAUAUAUCGAUAGUGCAAGUCCGAGCUAUCGGGGAGUCGAAGACAUUUCAGACCAUUCACCCGCCACCCUCUGGUGAAGAUCGAGUCAGACUGCUCUCGCUUGCUCGAUCUGGUUUCGCUGCGCCGGUAAAUUCAAGGCAGGACAAACUUCUCAUGACCACCAUUCCGCUCUUCGAGUCAUUGACAACAAGAAAGUCCCUUCCUCGAUCGUCUCAAGACGGAAAGGACGGCUUCGAAGAACCAGCUGGAAGUGGUCUAACGCCUCCCCCUACUCCUACUCCAAGCGCAUCCAAUGGUUCUGUCCGACAGCGAAACCAUCCAAGGAAUCGAAGUAACUCCCGUGGUCAAUCUGUCCAGCCCUCUUCAUCUUCUCGAGCGCUACCGUCUGCACACAUCCUUCUCGCCACAUCACAAGCGGUCCACGCUCUGCUUCCCUCCACGCUCAUCUCGCAAGUGGAAGGGUUGUUGAACCAGGGGAAAGUGAAUGAUGCUGCCGCGCUUUUGUCCAAGUCUUAUGCCAAAAAUGCCAAAAACGAGGCUUUGACAUCUGACUUCCGAUACCUUAAUCAACGAAUUGGGAUCUGCUAUCUCCAUCAGACGGCGUUUGAAGCCGCAGGUAAUGCGUUCUUCAGAGGAGAUAUGGACCCUCGCUGGCUUAUUGGCCUAUGGACGGAAUGGAGAGAACUUGCAACUCGACUGUCCUUUGGCGCUGCGGGAGAUACCAGCGAGCCAAUUCAUAUCGAGAUCUUUUCUGGGCUGGAGAAGGAAUUGACGACUCUGAAAGGCCUAACCAUACAGCAAAUAGUGACCGAUUCGAUAGUCACGAACUAUUCUCCACAUUUGGGAACUCCAAACGCCCUGUCCACUGCUGGAAAAGAGCUCGAGUCUACAUUGAGGUGGAGUGCGAGAGAGAUGCUUGUCAAGUACUUGCGCAAGUAUCGAACAAAGCGGAGCUACCUCGAAUCACCAACUGGGAUAUAUGCCGACAAAACAAUCAACAAGAUUGUAGACACAGUCUCUGUAAUGCUCUAUGCCUCUACCGAAGAUUCCGAAGAGCUGCAGGAGCUGCGCCUCCUUGUAGACGAAUCGCCGUUCCUCGAUAUUGAAGAUGUGAAAGACGUUCUCAUCACGAACCAUCAUAUCGCUUCAAUAGCUCGGGUAUAUGAGAAGAAAAACGAUCGCGCCGCAUUACUGGACCUAUACAUCAAGCUCGCAGAUGGCAUACUCAAGGACGAAUCAAUCUCUGAUCCAGUGGAGCGAAUAAAAUGCUGCUUGCCUCCAGCAAUGAUUGGAAGUCAUUACAGAAACACUGCCUUUGGCUACUCAAACGUGAUAGCGAAAGCGCUCUCGGGGUUUCUUCUCAUCUCUUCCGAGGCCAAACGCCCAAGGACAAGUCCAGAGGAUAUUCUGCUCCUUGCGCAGAUACACGAGGUCGACCCUGGGUCUAGCCUUCGUUUCCUCGAGUAUUUGGUGCUCCAGAAGCGUAUUCAAGAAGCAUCACUACACACUCAACUGGUUUUCCGCCAUCUCGAUGGCAUCCUUUAUGACCUCGAGGAUCCAGAAGUCGUCAAAGAGCAAGCAAAACUUGGCCAAGAGUAUGCGUCAUUGGUCAACGAUGAAUCAGAGGGUUCAGAGCCAAUGUCCUUCCCCUGGUACCUGGCAUUCAAAACACAAGAUUCCGAGCAUAAGAAGGCACGCCUAAAACUAGACAUGAUGCUCCAAGGGUCGACCAUUUACGACUUGGAGGCUGUCCAGAGAAAGAUUCGCUUAACAACCCGGGAGGUCAAGAGUUUGCUAUCGUUAGAAGUCGCUAUUCUGGAGGCAAAGGCCUGCAACCAUAAAGUCGCGCUUUCGAUUCUAGUGAACGAUCUACACGACUUCGUGAGCGCGGAAGCGUACUGUGCUCUCGGCGGAGGACGGGUGAUUACACCAAAGCUCGCAGCGGCCAUUGGUGAUCGACUCAGCUUACCCGAAUGGGCGGCACUUGUCCUUGAUCUGGAUUCGUCUUCUGGCUCUGCAACCCCAGGCGCAGUGGCUGUCCUCAGGAGACAUGGCUCCGGUCACGGUUCUGGAGCGAACACACCGCUGCAAAGACAGGCGGGACCAGAAGGGACAAAAGCAGUCGAGCUCACAAAGAUGCUCCUCGAAGUCUACAUGGGCACUGGUGAAUCACGGGCCAAGGAAGCGAGCAUGCUGCUCAACGCGCAGGCUGCCAACUUUUCGGAUGAAGAGAUGAUUCCUCAGAUGCCGGACAGUUGGCCACUCGAGCUCGUCUACUCAUUCGUCGAGCGUUCGUGGCGGCGCUCGCUUCACGCGGGUUUCGAAGGUCAAAUAUUGAAGCAGCUCAGUGCUGCAGAGAAUCUCCAGGCAACAGGUGCGAUGAUCGAGGAGUCUACAGACGUAACUUCGCCACCAGAUGUUACUCAAUCUGGUGGUGACGAAGGAGUCGAUGAACCCAACGAGCCAUCGACUUCGUAUGGCGCUCGCAAGGAGUGGGCGUCCACAGAGCACAAGAUACCCGCACUUGGGUCCAAGGAGAAGGAGCUCCCGCAUCCGCCGAGUACGGACGAACGUACCGACAUUGCUACAUGA